GGCAGGGGCGGGGGAAGAGGAAGACUGGCCCGCUCCCCCCCGCCCCAGGUCAGAGUUGGGAGGGCGCCCAAGAUGGCUGCCUCCACGGGCGACCUGUUCUGCUUCUGUGCGGAUCCCGCGGGCCCGGCCCGGGCCACGGUGGAAGUGAGAUUCAUCAGCAGCCUCAAGGGAAAAGGCUUAUUUGCCACCAGGAAUAUCCAUAAAGGGGAAACGAUCUUCUUAGAAAAGCCUGUGGUGUCAUCCCAGUUCCUCUGGAACGCGCUGUACAGAUAUAAAGCCUGUGACCACUGCCUGCGGGCCUUGGAGACGGCAGAGGAGAACGCGCAGAGGCUUCUGGGGAAAAGCUGUCGGGUCCUGCCUCACCCAGAGCAGUGCAGCAUCCGGAAGGAUUUGCAUCAACACUGCCCCCACUGCCAGGUUGCGUAUUGCAGUGCUGAAUGCAGGCAAUCUGCCUUUGAGCAAUACCACCAGGUGCUGUGCCUGGGCCCCUCCCGAGAGGACCCCAAACAUCCCCUCAACAAACUGCAGGACGCCUGGAGAAACAUCCAUUACCCACCGGAGACUUCCAGCAUCAUGCUGCUGGCGAGGAUGGUAGCCACCGUCAAACAGGCGAAGGACAAGGACUGGUGGAUAAAGCUUUUCUCUCAGUUCUGCAGCAAAACGGCCAACGAAGAAGAGGAGAUCGUCCACAAGCUGCUGGGGGACAAAUUUAAGGGCCAGCUAGAGCUCCUCCGACGGCUCUUCACGGAAGCCCUUUAUGAAGAACAUCUCAGCAGGUGGUUUACUCCAGAAGGGUUCCAGUCGCUGUUUGCCCUGGUUGGAACCAAUGGUCAAGGCAUAGGAACAAGUUCCCUGAGCCAGUGGGUCCAUGCCUGCGAUGCGUUAGAGCUUCCCCCGCACGAGCGAGAGCAGCUAGAUGCCUUCAUAGACCAGCUCUAUAAGGAUAUCGAGAAAGAGACCGGAGAGUUCCUGAACUGCGAGGGAUCCGGCCUGUACGUGCUCCAGAGCUGCUGUAACCACAGCUGCAUCCCCAACGCUGAGACGUCCUUCCCGGAUAACAACUUCCUCCUGCACCUCAUCGCCCUGGAGGAGAUCAAGCCGGGAGAGGAAAUCUGCAUUAGCUAUUUAGACUGCUGCCAGCGGGAGCGGAGCAGACACAGCCGCCACAAGAUACUCAGGGAACACUACCUGUUCACCUGCUCGUGCCCCAAGUGCCUGGCUCAAGCCGACGACGCCAACCUGACUUCAGAGGAGGAGGAGGAGCUGGAGGGCGAAGGAGAGACGGACGAUGCGGAGCUGGAGGAUGAGAUGACGGACGUUUGAUCCUGGGCCUGGGGAUGGGGUUCGGCUUUGUACCGGAGACGGGACCGCGGGGAGGGACUGUGCCUGUGUCGGCCAGGGCUGGCGCGGCGGCAGGGAGAGAGCAUGUUAAGGUUUGGCUAGGUUGGGCAAUGGAGGAAGCGGGGAUCUUCUCUGUUCCUGACCAUCCUUCUGGGGGAGUGUGUCUGUGGUCCCGGGGUCCCCUCUCUCUAGAUAAUGGCUCCACUUGUCCCAACCACUCCUCCGCGGCUGAGGCAGAUAUCCACCCACACAGACAUCGCCUUGGUCUGCUUGUUUGUGUCUGAUCCUGCACACAGAGCAAUAUGCUGGGGAGGGGGGCUGGGGGAGACGACGCAUGCAGGGAAAGUCCCCAGCUCUUCUGAGCACAGCGCACAAACCUUAACGCUACCCUUGUUCCUGAUGCUGGGCAAGCCCCAGCUACACCGGGGCUUCCUCCGGUGUCAAUAUCUAAGUGAUCUGAGAACUUGGAGAGGAGAGUCUGGGGGGAUUUGGGCUCGUGAUUUCCUCGGGGUUGUGGAGGGGGCAGAACAGAGGUUUAACCCAGUGGAGACAGUGACUGUGCAAAGAGGUGGUGGUCUCAUGGACUCGGCAGAAGACUGGGAGCCAGGACUCCUGGGUUCUAGUCCCUGCUCUGUCGCUGACUUGUGGUGUGAGAAGUCACUUACUCUCGCUGUCUCUCAGGUUUAAAAUGGGGGGGGGAUGAUCAGACUUUCCUAGCUUGGGGAGGGGAGGAUUAGCUGCUCAAUAUCUGGCCAGGGCUGAGUAUUUUGAGUCAUAUAUACACACGCACUCUUAGUGCCAGAGGGUGAAGGGUUAAGUAGCUCUGGGGGUGACGGGGUCAGCUGAUGGUGCCUCACACUCCUUGCCCCUGCUGCCCUCAUGGGUUGGCACAGUAAUUCUGUUGUGGUGGUUUCACCACGGGGAGGUCUGUCUGCCCCACCAGGGCAUCGGGCUCAGUGGUACUGACUGGCCUGUGAGGGGCUCCUGAACGGGCCC